GGCGUCUUCACAGUUUACAAGGCACAGUACAACGUAAGAGGUGGAUACGUAGAGUAUCAGCUUAUUGAUUAUCUGACGGGUGGAAUGCACAAGAAUGGUGCCUGGAUACGUGAGAAGGACCUCAAAUUGGAGAGGCGUGGCUGAGACUUUCGUUAUGCGUGGCUGUGUUCACCGGAUGAGCUGUGUUCAUAGCCAAUAGUCGUGUGCUUUCAUGCAUCUUGAGCUGGGAUUGUCCGGGCUGAGCGCUCCUUUGUACACCUCAUUCUUCUUCGCAUACGUAGAGCUCUUAUACCCGCCACAGCGCAGUCGAACGUCGAGCCACAGUUGAUUUUUGACAUCAGUUUCCAAUUUUUCCCAGUGUCGUCGCUGUACAAGAACUUCAAAGUGAUUGGACACUGUACCGGUCGCGCUUACCUGCUGCCUUACCAUGGCCCCUCCUCGCAGCUUGACCGGCGUCACGUUUUCAGACGAAAAGCCCUCUCAAUCACCAACAUCGCCGACCAGUAAUGCUGAAACGCUGAGAGGAGACGCCAUCAUCGAGAUUGGAGACGACAGCAGUUCAACAAUAGGAUCUUCGAAUUCCAACUCAUCGGUCAACGGUGGUCAGACUGCACAGCCCCAAGACGAAAAAGCGCGACCAAAGUUUUUGCGACGGAUCACAGGCUCGUUUAGAUCCGAGCCCGAGCCCGAGGACGUUCUCGAAAACAGGACGCGGAAGCUUGACAACACCCCCAACGGCUUCCCUCGACUCGCUGCCUUCCAGUCCAGCGAAGCAAAUUUCUCUUUGUACCGUUCGUUCAGUUACUUACAUUCGCGUAUCUUGCUCGAUCUGCAAGAUGAGAUCACAUGCUUGGAGAAAGAGCUCGAUGAGAUCGACUGGGAUGACCUCGAUGAAGACCCUGAUCGACUCCGCUCUCGAGAACUCGACGUAGACAAGGCCAGUGUGGAAGGCGAUUCACGUACUCGACGAGUCAUCCUUCGCGAAAUUAGGGAGAAGCUGAUGGAAUAUGAUGAGGUUCUGAUCAAGGCCCGAACACUCGAGUCCUUCCAAAAGCCAUCAGAUCGCAAUUACCGCAGCUUGCGACGCUACCACCACAAUGCAAAGCCACUCAUGGAUGCCGAAAUGGACUCGAUCCGGAGUAAGGAAGACAUUGUGUCGCUACACAACGGCCGCGAAUGGGCCACGUUCGAUGGUGGCGUAGAGACACUCAUCGGGCAGACUGAUCGCCUAUUGCAGAAAACAUUCCGAACCGCUCAGCCGCCGCUACAGAGGUUUUUCCGCACCCCCGAGCUCCAAGAAAAGACAGCGAACGAAUUCAUCUCCUUCUACAGCAGCUCGCGCAUCGACACGCUGGUCAACAUCCUCAUUACCUUUGUCAUCUUCAUCUUGCUUGUUAUCCCGGUCAUUACCAUGUAUCACUUGACCAGCACUACGGACCACAUCGUCACAGAUCCGUCCUCAAAUGGGACAAGCUCUACGACGACGACCAAUGUUAAUACAAGGGACACGUUCAAUGCUGUGGGUGUUCUUGUCGUGUUCACCUUGUUGUUCAGCGCCGCGAUGAGUCUUGUGACAAAGGCGGCGAGACACGAGCUGUUCGCUGCGAGUGCGGCGUAUUGUGCGAUCUUGGUGGUUUUUAUAGGGAACUUCACAGGGCCAGGGAAUUGAUAGAACUUAAACGAUAUCAAAACAGAAAUGAAUGAUGAUUAAUGUCA